AAGCAUCAAACAGUCGACGACCAAGUCGAAGAGCGUGCUAAUUUUGCUUUAAAGUAAAACUAUAACUAAAAGUUAUCAGCCAUGCUGAAGUUCGUAGUGUUGGUUGCAUUCGUUGCUUGUGUGUCUGCUGCACCACAACCUGGCCAUAUUCUUGCUGCAGCGCCUGUUGUUGCUGUUCAACCUUUGGCAACUAGCUCAUCUCAUAGUUACCGCGCACCAGUAGCCAAGGCUGUCGUACCAGUGAUUCCCGCUGCACCUCUAGUGAAGACCAUUCCUGUUGUUCACGCAGCUCCGAUUGUCAAAGCAGCACCUCUCAUCGCUCAUACAGUUCCCGUAGCUCACGCCAUCCCAGUCGCCCACACUGCCAUCAUUCAUCACUAAACUUCGGCAUCACUGUAUCUGUAUCAAUUUUAAUUAUUUAUUUUCAUGGUAAAAAUGAUUUGAUUUUUUCUGUAUAAUAAAAUAUGCAAUCAUCUUAA